GCCCCGCGCCGUCGCACGCAAUUGCACUGCACUCCGGGCUCCGUGCGUAAAAAGCGCACGCAGGAGCCGCGGGGGCCGGGGCGGAGGCCCGCGGCCCGCGCGGCUGCACUCGACCCAACAGUCUCUACCAGACGCUCGCAAGAGCACACCGCCCCCACACAGGGCGUUCCUCGCGCGAAAACAACCCCCGAAGUGUUUUAAACUUUUGAAGUGCCGGUGCCGUUUCCCAUGAGUUUUCCGACAGUAACAAUCGCAAUUGGCCUGUAAUAUCGGAUUAUUAACGAGGAAUCACAAUUCCGAAAAAUGGGUAGCAGCGAAGGCCAGCAGACUUUCUGUCUGAAAUGGAACCACCACAAAACAAAUCUCGUGGAAAUCCUCGAGGCCCUGAUCAAAGUAGAGACCUAUGUGGACUGCACACUGGUUGUCGACGACCAGGUGACCUUCAAGGCGCAUCGGGUGGUCCUGGCGGCCAAUUCGCCUUAUUUUCAGUCGAUCCUAGCUGAUGUGCCGAUGGAUCACUGCAGCAUCCUCUUCCCGGGGGUGAAAGAUUUCGAAAUGCGCGCGCUCCUGGAGUACAUGUACACGGGAGAAGUGAAUGUGACGCAGGCGCACAUCCCACGCAUCAUGAAAGUCGCGGAGCAGCUCGAGGUUAAAGGUCUGUUCGAUAUGACGGAGCUACGCCGGCGGCCUGGCGAGCGCACCCCCGCCGCGUCACCGCCGCGCGUGGUGCCCGCCGCGCCCUCCAGCGUGUCCCCGCCGGCGCCCGCGCCGCCCACGCGCUGGCCGCCACCACCUACACCGCCCGUCCUUUCUGCCGCGUACGACUCUGCGGACAUGAACCCCCUCAAGCGCAAGAAGCUCUCCAGUAUAAUGGCCACCCGUGACACCCCCAUUUUAAGGAACGUUCUUGCUCAGGCUACACCGCCUGACUCCUCGCAACCUGUAUCUCUUGUUUGUCAUCCGGUAAAUCAACACGCGCCUCCUCGUCUCCAUUCUAAUGGUUCCGCUCAUGAUUCUGAACGUGCUGCUAGUCCUCAACGCCCCUUCGACUACCGCCCUCGCCGACUAUCUUCUCGUGCCUCAUCUCCACAUUUCAAUAGAUCAGAUCGUUCAGAAGACGCUCAUUCCCCGUACACCGAGCGUUCCUUUGAAGAGGAACACCCACGCUCAUUCCAUCCUUCUCCCCCACCUCCAAAUUUUCAACAAGAUGUUCGAGCCGGCUUAGCACCGUACGUCCCCCCGCAACAGAAACCAGAAUGGAAAAGAUACAAACAAUAUACUAGAUCUGACAUUAUGUCCGCAAUAGAAUGUGUCAGAAAUGGAAUGAGUGCUCUACAAGCGUCACGAAAAUAUGGCGUGCCUUCACGUACGUUGUACGAUAAAGUGAAAAAACUCGGCAUAACUACAAGUAGACCUAUGAGCCGCGGCGUUAAGCGGGAAUCAAAUGGCGCCGCGUUUCCAUAUGGGUUAAGCGGUACUGGUGGUGUUGAAGAGGGGUCCCCCGCUACACCAUUAAUUGAUCCGUCUUUCUUGCAACAAGCAUUAGAAGGUGCGACUAGAGAUGGCGGGCGCGAGGCACUUCACGCAAUGGCUCUAGCUGCCGCUGCGCACGCCGCCCUAGCUCCGCGUACACCUCCGAAGGCCGAACCGCUCUCACCGCGAUCGCCGCUCCCUGAUGACGACCACGUGGAGGAUCUUUCAGUUUCUCGCCGACGCGAUCCUGACCCACCAUCUGGUGUCAUUGUGCCUCCUCGAAACUUUGCACUAGAUUGCAGCAGUGAUCGAGAUUGAGAGUCAAAUGGGACGCGGUAACAUGGAAAAAAGACUGACUUUAGGCGUACAAGAUUAUGAAUUAAGGCACUUAUUUGGUAGGCUACUGGUAGGACGCGCCGCGCGCGCAUGCCACGCUGACCGGGAGCUCCGGCCGGGCGAUUGCAAUGGGCCCCGCGGCCAAUUUCAUUCUACCUCUCUUCUUCUCUAUUUAUUUCCUUUGCCAUAUCCCGAUAGCGAAAUCAAAUUUCCGUUGGUCGGUAGGCGUAUCUUUUUGUGAUUUUUUGUUUAUUUCUUCUUUCGUUUUUUAUGUUUUAUAACAUUUACGUCUUUGUUAAUCGAUAACGAACUAGGCUAGCUUUAAAUAUAAAUUAGUAAUGGUUGUUCUUAGUUGGAUUGGUAACCGUGUAGGGUCGCAGGGCAGGGAGGCAGUGCGACGGCCCUGCCGCUGCGCUUCGGGCGGGUCUGCCCCGCCUAGACGAGUUAUUGUGCAAUUUUGUUGUCCGCGACUGUGAUGUUUAUAGACUGAAACGCCACCACUACCUCACGCUCGCUACACUUAGCUCUAGUCCACCGCGCCGCGGUCUCCGCGAGCUCAAUUCUCGCCUCGCCACCUACCAGGAGACCAGAAGCACGAGGCGUUCGCGUCUCGCGAUUUUUCGCGGCUCGGUGUGUGACGCUUGUCACUGCGAAAAGCGACGUACCUACGUAAUAUAUUUACUAUUAAAAUACAUAAAGUCCUAUGUUACGGGUAGAUUAAUUAUUAUACUGUUUGUCGAUUUGCCAUAAAUGUUCAUUGUUGAUACAUAGAAGUGUGUGCUCACUAUAUAAAUCAUUAGUAAUAUUUUUCUGCACUAGCACGAUCGUUCUUCUAGUUCUAAGAAGUCGAUUUACUUAUAAGAAUGCUCAAUGUCGUAUUUUUAAUAACAUUUCCCUAAUCUACCUAGUUGAUAGGUAUUGCAAUUUGCUAUAAUUAAAACAUAGAACAGUACAGUACCUACUUACCUAUACUAUUACCAAAGAUAUAUUGAUUGAGUAAGAUGGGUAAAAUCUAAGACAAUUUCGUGCUUCGAAUUUGACAGGUAAACGAGAUGGCGCUGUACAGCUCCAUACAUUUUGCGGUAACUCUGAUUGUCAAAAGUUGACGUUUGACAAUUAAGUGACCGCAAAAUAUAUGGCGGAGUACAGCGCCAUCUGUUUUGGUUGUCAAAAUAAGGGGCACGUUUUUUUCUUAGACUUUACCCCUCUAUUACUAUAUAUUCUCUUUGCUAUUACAUAUAUUUUCUGCAAUUUCGUACAUUUCAACAAAUAUCUGCCUAGCGUAGCGUUCCGUUUCAUGGAAAAUCUUAUCAAAGUUACAGAAACAAUUAUACGUUAUUACUUUAAAAAAAUCUAAAUAUUAUAUGUUAAUUUGUCAUAUAAUUAAGUUAAUUAUUACACUUUACUUAUUUUAAUUGGAAGACUGAUUUGUUAAUUUAGUCUAGUUUGAAAAUGCCAUAGAUUUGUACUACCUUAUCUACCUUAAAUAGUAUUGCAUAGUUGCAUACGAACUAAUUAUAAGUUGAUUCACGUAGAGUGUCGAGCCUUCUCCAGGUCUCACGGUGUUGUGCCUUUGUUUGUUGUAUUCUGUAGUAUGUUAGGACAUUCCAGUAGGUGCACUUUGUGCUCUAUUAGAUAAGUUUCAUGGCCGAGCACUAGAUUUCGUCAAACACGAAAACUCAGAGUUUAAAACUCUACACCUACCUAGUGUGGAGUCUUUCAAUUGCACGUUUGGUAGUGCAAAACAUGAACAAUAUAUCAUACAUAUGACUCAAAUAUUUUCUAAAAUGUCAUUGUUUUAAACUCAGAUGAAUGAAAUACUGUGUAACGUUAGCAGGAUAUACCUCAUAAUUUUGUUAAUUCGAAUCAGAUGUUAUUCUCUCACCAACUUAGGUAUUAUAGUAUAAAAACCAACUUUUGUGCCUAUACUAUCCUUAUUAUUAAUGUUUAGUUACGAUGUUAUUAUGUAGAAAUAGGUACCUACAUUUUUAGUUGUGAAUGCAAAAAUUAUCUUGUAUGUAGGUGUACCUUACAUGUAGUUAAAUAUGUAUCUACAUUAUGUAUAUUAGAUCGAGUUUGUUCUCUCGUACCUUCAUAUUUAAGUAAGAACUCUAUAUUUACAAAUAAUAUAAUGUUAUAAAUAUAAAAUAAACGUUUAAUAUGUCAUCAACAA